GCUGCAAGCGUUGCCAUGGUAUUAACUGGUUCACCACUGCAGCUACAGAGACGCGUAGACGGAUUUCAAAUUCGAACAAAGCGGUGAAACAAUACAAAAGCGUGAUUAUCCCGAAAGGAAUUUUGAAGUUCAAGGACGACUUUGGUGUCUGGAGAAUGAAAGACAAAGCACAACACCUGCCGGCUGAGUUGAGUCGAAACAAAAAAAAUUAUAUUUUCCUGAAAAAAUAGCGGGUUGUACAAACAAAUGAGCCUUGUUUUGGUACGUGCUUAAGCGGGUCUGAGAAAUGCGAAAAGGAUUACCAAGGUUAUUUGGUAAAUACGAGAACGUGUAAAAAAAAUGUCAGUGAAUUCCACUUCCAGUUUCUUUUCUUUGUUAAGCUGCGGAGAUCUCCUCUCUCCCAGGGGAUUUCACAUCAGUGUUUGAUCGUCUGGCACUGAAGCAAACUGUAAAACUCUCCUCUCAGCUGCUAUGAUUUCCUGCUGUCUACGUAAAUACUACCAGUUUCUAAUGAAGAUGGUCUGCACUGUAUACAUCCUCACUGCUACGAUUGGAACGUGUGAGUCUGCCAGUAACAGGUGUACCUCUUCCUCUAUAUCAAGCUGCAAUGACUGUCUGUACCGUGGGCCAGAAUGUGGGUGGUGUUUUCAAGAGGAUUUCCUGGUUGGAACAGCACUACAUGAAAGAUGUGACCUUGUGUCCAACCUAAUUAAGAAAGGCUGUAUAUCAGAUUUUAUUGAGUCUCCCUUAGUGAAGGUAGUGGUGAAUGCCACCUCAACCAGCUCACAGGUCACACCAAGAGAUGUUUUAUUACAUCUGCGGCCAGGCAGUGAAGUAAAUUUUAUUUUAGAAGUACACCAACUGGAAAGAUACCCUGUGGACAUGUACUAUUUGGUGGAUGUAUCUGCAUCGAUGCAAGAAAGUUUAGAUAAACUGAAGUCUGUUGGAUUUUCUCUGUUGCAAAAAAUGGAAGAAUUUUCCAGUGACUUUCGGCUUGGUUUUGGAUCAUUUGUGGACAAGCCGGUUUCCCCUUACAUUAAUGUACAUCCACCUAAAAUCGCGAAUCCCUGCAGUGACUAUGAUAUACAGUGCAGGCCAGCACAUGGGUAUAUCCACGUGCUUUCUCUUACUGAAAACAUCACAGAGUUUACAAGAGUGGUUCAGCAGCAGCGCAUUUCUGGAAACAUGGACACACCAGAAGGAGGUUUUGAUGCAAUGUUCCAGGCAGCUGUGUGUCAGAGCCAUAUAGGUUGGCGUAAAGAAGCAAAACAUAUACUACUUGUGAUGACUGAUCAACCUUCUCAUCUGGCACUUGACAGCAAGUUAGCAGGAAUCGUUGUACCACAUGAUGGAAACUGUCACCUGGUUAAUAAUACAUAUAGUGAGACAGCUAAUAUGGAACACCCAACUAUAGGACAACUGGCUGAAAAGUUAUUGCAAAACAGCAUUUAUUCUAUCUUUGCCGUAGAAGGACAACAAUAUACGUGGUAUGAGGAUCUCAUUCCAUUACUGCCAGGUACUGUGGUUGGAAAACUUGAAUCAAAGGCAUCCAAUCUGAAAGAGUUGGUGGUAGAUGCAUACAAGAAACUCUUAUCUGAGGUGGAAUUGCAGGUGGAAAGCCUGAUAAAAGGAGUGUCUGUUAACGUCACUGCCAUCUGUCCUGAAGGCUCAACAUUUCCAGGCCUGAAUAAAUGUAGAAACGUGAAACCAAAUGAAAAAGUUCUUUUCAAUAUAAAAGUUGGAAUGCAAGAGUGUCACGGUCUGGGAGAUGAAGCGUAUAUAUUCCUAAAGCCUUUUGGGUUUAAUGAAACCACCAAAGUGAGAAUCCAGAGUCAGUGCUCGUGCCGGUGCGGCAGUCCAGCAGCGCACGCUCCUGGAAGGUGCCUGGAUGAAGUGACUCCUCAGGACUGUGAAAACUGCAAGUGCAACCAUAUGGAGAAGACAAAGGAUGACCAGCUUCUAAGAGAUUGUCAGGCAGACCAAAUGCAGCCCGUCUGCAGCGGUCGGGGUCUUUGUUUAUGUGGAAAAUGCUUAUGUGACCAAAGCAGCCUGGGAAGAAUCUAUGGCAAAUACUGUGAAAGGGAUGGCUUUUCUUGCCCCUAUCACCAAGGACUUAUUUGUGGUGGUCAUGGUCAGUGUAUAUCUGGCAAGUGUGAAUGCAGCAGCGGCUGGGAGGGUGAAAACUGUAACUGUUCUGUCUCUACUGAGACCUGUUUGACACCAGACUCUCAGAUCUGCAGUGGAAGAGGGAAAUGUGUCUGUGGAAAGUGCCAGUGUGAAGAUCCAAGAAGUUCAGGUCAAUUGUGUGAACUCUGUCCAACCUGCGAAAGCUCGUGUGAAACAAACCGGAAAUGUGUACAGUGCCACUUGUUUAAUGACUUUUCUGAAACUAAAACAACACAGUGCAACACAACCUGUUCCCCAUUGGUACAUUAUGUCAAUCAUAUCUUUGAUUCAGAAAGUGAAACUUUUAAAUACUGUCUUUAUCUAACAAAAGAAAAAUGCCACUAUAAAUUUCAAAUGGAACCUACCUUUGGAGAAAAACAGAUUCAAAUCUUCAGAUACCCAGAAUGUUUAACUGAGCAGAGUUACUUUCCUACAUUUAUCCUGUUCUUCAUUCUGACGGUGGUGAUUGGAGUAAUGGCAAUAGGAAUCUUGAAAUGCAUUGUGAUGCGAGAGAACCAUGUGAAAGGCGAGUCUCCUGUUGAGGCCUAUAGUUUAUCAACAAAGAAGGACUACUUUCCUACUGCAAAUGAGAAGACAAUAACGUACAGAAGGGACAGACCAGGAGAGAUGCAUAUCCACAUCCACAAAAUGCCAUUGAAUGAUGUCUGACAAGAAGUAAAUACACACUGGUGAACAGUACAAUAGGGGAAGAAGCAUCUACAAUGUGAAUGGAUUUCCCAACUAUUAAUAACAUUUUUAUUUGUAUUUUUUAUUUUUUUUAAUUAUGUAUUUGUACUUUAUGGCUAAAAAAAUCUACUCAAAGCAUACCUAUCAACAGGUAUGAGAUUUCAGUUUUGUAAAGUUAUGUGAACUUGCCUCUCGCACUGAAUGCAUGCCUGCCACAGGGCUCCCCUGGGUCCUAAACCCUGCUAUGUAUUAUUAUUAUUAUUAUUUAUUUCUUAGCAGACGCCCUUAUCCAGGGCGACUUACAAUCGUAAGCAAAAACAUUUCAAGCGUUACAAUACAAGUAAUUUGGUGUACAGACAGGGAUUGCAGUAAUCACACACCGGCCAUGAAUUUUGUAUAAAAAUAAGGGGGGUUAACAGUAGAAUACAGGAGAAAAUCUGUCCCGGGAGGUGUCCAGGAGAAGGGUUUAAAAUACAGGAGACUCCUGGUGAAUAUGGGACAGUUGACAGGUCUGAAGCCACCAAAUUGAGAACAUUUGAGAGAAUUCUCAUAUUAAAUAAAAGGCUACAUGUUUAAAUAUGUGAGGUAAUCAGCACACAUAUUUGUAUUUUUAUUGAUGUUUUUGUUUAUAGUUUUUUGUAUGUUUUAAAUUUGACACCUCAUUGACGGUAUUUAACAUUUUUUGAACUUUCAAAAACAACUGCAGGCUGUUUUAAUGUAUAGCUUUGUUUUGUUUUUUUCUUUUUUGUUUUUUGCAAACAAUAACUUGAAUUGAACAACAAGUUUGUUUUUUUUCUUUAUAAUUUUAACAAAUAAAAUAGAUAAUAAGUAUAAAUAACAAACCGGACCAACAGUGUAAAACAUGCUUUGAAAUUUGCACUAUGAAGUCUACUACAACAGAAAAUACCAGCUUUAGUUAGACAUUUACUUACAUGCGUGUUGUGUGUCAAUAUUUACAAACUCUGAUCAGAUUUUUAUCACAAAAUUAUUUUACAGUGUACUGUUGUAGUCAUGCAGUAAUGCAAUUGUCUUUCAAAGUGUUAGUGAUGUCAUUCCUUAAAGGUUCUUGAGUUUGCUACUCAACAAGUAUUACAACUGCUUAUGUUUGUGAAUUUGCAGUGAAUACGUUUAGCUGAUAACUGAGUGUACAAAUCAUUUUAGAAACUGUUUGUUUUAUUGUGCAUUAAUACUGUUUAAAAACUGUACCUGUGAAACACUGGAGAGUAUUGUUGACAAUAGCUGCUAUCACACUAAUACAGAUACAUAGUUAUUUAUUAAGUUAUAACAAGUGUAACAUAGAAAAUGGUAUAGUUUAUUUGUAUAAAUAGAAUAAUACAUUUUGUAUAUGUUUUUGUGUUAACAUUGUUGUUUUAACUUAAUAUGUGUGAAUAAUUUCCAUGAUAGACUGCUUUUUCAGAUACCUGCUGUAUGGUACUUACAACUUAAUUUCCACCCAUGUGUAGAAUUGAAAAUCUUUGUACUGUAAGUAGUACGCUGCACUUUUGUGCUGUUCUUAAACAAACCAUUACAAUAAAAUCUAAUAACUGAA